AACAGGAGUUAGCACAAAUUGCGAGCUUUGACAGCGAUCUUUCGCGUACUCUCGACUGUUCUGCUUUUGCGAUUUCGCACCCGCCGCUGAUGCUCGGCUAUGGCUGUGCCUGUUCUGCCAAUUUUCGACGAAGACGACGAUCCGGGAAACAGCUCAUCAUUUGGGAUUUCGGCUGGCAAAAUUCUUUUUUUCAUUGCGGCUGUCCGAAUGUCACGAUAUGUUAAACAAAAGGUCUGGUCGGAUGACCUUUAUGCGAUACGACGACUCUGGUUGGAUUGUCCACACGAGCUGGGCUCAUCAUCCGUACUAGCUGGGCUAUGUUUGGUGGUGAAUAUUGCUAUGGCUGCGUGUAUGGGCACACGUUUGGUCUCUACUGGCCAAAAGUAUCCCAUAAAUUUAUGCUCAGGGUCAUCGCUUUGGAUUAUAACUGUUUUCUUCGUUGUAUCACAGAUGACAGCUGCAAUUAUUCGAAUUCCUCCAACAAAUUUUAGUAGGAUACAUUCGUUACUUCCUGUAAUGCCGGCAUCUUCCACCAAGUUUGUACUGCACUUGGAUUUCUUAGCCGUCCUCUGUGUACUUCCGGUGAUCGUCACCAUGUUGUAUUGUGGAGUGCAAGACGUCGCCAGUGUUGGUGCAACGAAGCUUACAAUAGCUUUCUUACUGUCGUCACUUUCUGUUAUGACACCAUCUUUGCAAGCAGACGAAGGCAUCGACAACGAGGUUAUAAUGGAACCAGCUAGGAAGCAUUUUCUGGGAGCCGGUGACAACAUCGAUCCCGAUGUAUGUCGAGCUCAAAGGUUAAGCCAGACGAUUACAAUUAAGGCAAAUGGUUGCAGCCCAAGUCUUCUCCUGCGCAUCCAACAAAUGCAGGGUCAACAAGAAGAAAUUGAGCAACAACUGCACAAGAGAAGGCAUAAACGUUCUUAAAUCCCAUUUUUUGCGUUAAUUUACUAGAGCGUUAAUUUUUCUGUCGAAAAGCUCUGGUUCUGUAAUUGUUUUGGCCAGCAGAGAUCAAAUGUGUGCCCAUACAUGCACCCAUAAUCCUCAAAAAAAUGCAACCUUUAUUGCGAUUUCAUCCCUAUCCAGGCGUGCAUGCCUGACAUUUACUUACAUAGCAAGGAUCCUAUAGCCGCUAAAAAUGACAGGACAGG